AUGCGCGGCUUUUUGGGCCUUGCCGCUUUAGUAGCUGUACUGGCCGCUUUGCUCCAGGCACCUCAUGCGAACUCACGUGUGCUCCGCUGGCUUUCGAGAGGGAGAGAAGUCCUGGAGGAGAUCUACCUCUUGGCGCUGGGCGACGUGUCCGUGAAGACCAGAGGGGCCUUUGAACUUGAGAAGGAGUCCGCGAGCUUCGACGUUUCCAGCGCGCAAAGGGAUGAGCUCAAGCAGCCCUUGGCCAAGAACGAAGAAGAGAUCGAUCAUCAGCAGCGGGUGAGUGCUCAGCGCUAUGCCGCCGCGAAGCAGGAGGCCCAGUUCGAGGAGGAGUCCAUUCCACUGCCACCGGAUGAGAUCCGCCGUAGCAUGCCGCCCAUCGACCGGAGAGGCCCUGAGCUGCGCUGCGGCGAGCUCCUGCCGACCGAAAGUCGACUCGUGACACGUAUGGUGGAGAUCCAUACGAGGUCUGUCUUCCAAGGAGCCUUCGGGGGAAACCAAUAUGUUUGGAAGUACUUUGUGACCUUCACCAACCGUGGAGAGGAGACGGUUCAGAUGCUCACGCGCCACUGGAUCUUUGUGGACGCCAAGGGCAACUUAAACGCCGAGGUAAAGGGUCCAGGCGCCCGUGGCGUCACCCCGGUCUUGCCCCCUGGGGGCGAAUGGAGCUAUGAGAGUGGCACAAGCUUGGACACGGUCUUUGGGUCCAUGCAUGGAAGUUUCCAAUUCGACAUCCUCAAAGGCUCCACUUCGGGUUCUGGCUCUCGCUCCUUUAGCGCUCGCGUGGGGCGUCUGGCGCUGAGCAAUGAUGGGAAGCCCAAAGAUGUUCCUUGCAUCGAGGAAGCUUCUGAAGGACUGCUUCCCCUGACGAGCGUUUUGUCUUUGGAACGGGUGAUCCUGGGUGCGCGAGGCGAGUUUCACAUGGCCAAGGACGGGCUGUACUACUUCCAGUAUGACGUGCAGAUCAACAACGCCCGUGACACGGAGAUUGAAGUGCUGGGCCACUCGUGGGAGGUGGUGGACCAGGAACAACGUCAUGAGAUUGUUGUGGCUGGCGAUGGCGUGGGAGGCAUCUACAAGCACCGCCGCCGCGCACUGGCUGCUGGCGACGCCUUCCGCGUCUCAGGACAAUUGCCGGCCAAGACGCGCUUCGCCAACGCGCAGGGCACCUAUCGAGUCCUCAUUCGAGAGAAUGGCGCCGAGCGAGAAAUUGAAGCACGCACCGACUUCAUGGGCCUGUCAGUCGAUAAGGCCAUCACGCACGUCCCCAACUUCAUGUCGGACCCGAGCUUCCAAUGA